CAAUUCCGCAUCAUCGUCACCUCGCCGAACCUCCAGAAAUUUUCUCUCGAACGACGGGUCGCUUGCUAUCAAACGAGUUCGGGAGAAAACGGCAGGAUAACCUAUUACGGUUUGCAAUUUCAUUAUCAAGAGUCACGAUGUUCUGAUUAUGAAUCUGGCUGGUUUCCCCCAUCUUGUAAUUACUUGAAUCCAACACAUUAAAUCCGAAAGCUCCGACCAGUUACGAUUAAUUAUCGCCUCUCGCCCGUUUCGACCGAUCACGAAGUUUCUCAACCACCUUCUCUUCGACUGUGAACCUACGACUCAGGAGGACGUUGGAUUUUGUGACUAAAACGACCUCAUUUGACAAUCAUGUUAAGGCAACCUGUUCGCGGCGUGCGUGCGCCUUUGCGCGUCUUCAGCCAACAAGCUCAACAGGCAGCUUGGAGUGGCGCAUGGAGGAGACUCUUUACAUCACAGUCGCAAAACAAGACCGCGCGUCAGCUGUUGAGAUGGAAGACCAUCCCUUGGGAUAGUAUGAUGGCCAGACUGAGGAGCGCUCGCUUCGGGAUCGGUUCUACAACAACGCCAAGCAUGCUCCAAGGCGUACUAAGACGCGGUUUUCGAUUUACCACAAAGCGCAAGACAAAUAAGAAGCCGACCGUUGGCGAAGCCGAGGAACCAAAAGGCCUCACCGCCAAACUCAAGAAGCUUACAAAGGAAUACGGCUGGGUAACCGUUGGCGUCUACCUCGGGCUGACCGUUCUCGACUUCCCGUUCUGCUUCCUGUUUGUUAGAAUGGUCGGUGCUGAUAAAAUCGGCGAGGUUGAACAUCGUGUGAUGUCGUCAAUCAAGCAGAUGAUCCCCGAUACUGUUCGGGAGGCCUGGCACACCUACUGGCAGUCGUUCAAGAAGGCUGAGGCGAGAGCACUUGGCGAUGACGAUAUCAGUGACAAGAUGGAAAUGGCCACAUGGGGUGUCGAGAAGGCUGAGGAACGCAAUCGUACCGAUGCUAGUGAGUACUAUCAUUAGAUUUUGCCCCUGGGCGCAUGCAUUAGAUGCUUAUCAUCGCCCCUAACAGCUCGUGAUGUGGGCAGUAGAGGAAGCUUGCUGAGUUGGUGAGAAAGGCUAACGACUCAAUCUGCGACAGGUUUAGCAACUCAGCUGGCGCUGGCGUACGCCAUUCACAAGAGCUUUAUCUUCAUUCGGGUGCCAUUAACGGCCGCCCUAACACCCAAGGUCGUUAAGAUCCUUCGAUCAUGGGGCUAUAAGAUCGGAAAGAAGAAGGCUUAGCUGGUCAAAGAUGGCAUCAUAACGGUUCGAGACUGGAAACUCACAAGCCUCCAAACACAGAAACGCUCCAUUUCUGAAACGGUUGGCUUGGAGUGUAAGCCACUUACACGGUAUUUGUAUAUUUGUAUAACUAGUGUAGUCAGUCCUUGGUGUUGGCUGGAAUUGUUGAUAAAUAGACCUGAUUGUAUAGUACAACUCCCUACCUCUGAAGCACACAUCUGGAUCUGAGCGUUUGUUUCCCGUGGCUGAACCACACAGGAUGAAACAUAUGGGCCAUAGACAGAUCCAGCAAAAUCGGCGGCGCCGAGCCAGUGAUCAGCCAAC